AUGAAUUGCCAGAAAUGCCGUCAGCCUCUCAGGCUGGAUGGCUCUCUCGAAGACCUCAACCCUGCCGCCUACGAUCUCCUCGUCUCCUCCACAUCACCAGAAACGCCUAAGAAGGCUACCGCAUCUCCCUCCUCGACGACACAACCACAGGACCAAGCGCGCAAGUCCCUCUACGACAGGGUAUCGCGGAACACCGGGCCACCGACGUUCAAGCGCAGUCAUGGUGGCCAUCCUCGCGAUUCCUCCAUGUCCUUCAUCUACUUGACCGAGUCGCAAGUCGCAAACCCGCCAAGCCAGGGAGCCGACCGACCCUCAACACCUCCCACACUACGACGCGCAAGCUCUAGCAGGGGCACUACAGACGAUCAGGAUGCGCCCAUGGGCAACGAAAUGGGCAGAAUAAACCGCCUCUUCGAGAUUCUAUCUGGCCGAUCCGACAUCGACCACCCAAUAUGCGUCGAGUGCGCAGACAUGCUCGUCGAGGGCAUGCAGAAGAAGCUGGAGGCGGCCUCGCGCGAAAGAGAUGGAUACGUGAAGCAUCUGAAAGAGGCCAAGGCGAACCAGCCGACCGAAGAGGAAAUCAAGGCACAAGAAGAAUCUCUCCGGAAAGCUGAACAAGACAGGGAUAGUGCCAUGUUGGAGCUGAAGAAGCUAGAGGCAGAAAAGGAUGCAUUGGACCAGGAGCUCGUUGCUCUGGAAGAGGAGGCUCGGGAGCUCGACAAAGAGGAGGAACAGUUUUGGAGGGAUCGCAAUGCCUUUACGACCAAGAUGGCCAAGUUUCAGUCAGAGAGGGACAGCAUCAACGCCAAAUACAGCAACGACUCGCAGCUCUUAGAGAAGCUGCAGCGAUCCAACGUUUACAACGACACAUUUUGCAUCAGCCACGACGGCAGCUUUGCUACCAUCAACGGUCUACGUCUCGGCCGAUUGUCUAAUAAGCCGGUAGAUUGGCCAGAGAUCAAUGCCGCUUGGGGGCAUGCGCUUCUCCUGUUGGUGACGGUGGCAGACAAGCUCGGGUACAAGUUCGAUGGGUACGAACCCCAGCCCAUGGGAAGCACAUCAAAGAUCAUCCGGUACGAGACGCCCAACCCUGCGUCCAGCCGUCUGGGCACCCGCACAGUCAAUCCGCCGCCUAAGAAGCACGUGCUCGAGCUGUACAGCUCUGGAGAUAUGCCUCUGGGGCUGACGUUCAUGCACCGUCGAUUUGAUAACGCCAUGGUCGCCUUUCUUGAACUUGUGCGACAGCUGGGUGCAUUUGUGCAUAGGCAAACGGAUGCUACCGGCAAUCCGCUUAGUUUGCCGUACAAGAUCGACGGCGACAAGAUUGGGGAUGUGAGCAUCAAGCUCGGAAUCGCCCAAGAUGACGGCUGGACCAAGGCGUGCAAGUUGACAUUGACGUGCUGCAAGUUCCUGCUCGCACACGCCAGCAAUGUCACGACGAGGGCGAGGGCCGCCGGCGCAUGA